UAUGUUUGCCAAACUUCGAAAAAAGAUUGAAGAAGAAAACAAUACAGAAUUAGCAAGAACAUUAUCUCCAACUGUUACACCUCCAAUUAGCAGAUCAGGUUCUGAAAGCAGCCCAAAAAGUUCUACAACUCAGUUAUUUUCAGAAAAAGAGAAGUUUCUAAAAAAUGUUAAUGUUGCAGCUUCAAGGAAUGGACCAAGAAGGUCACUUGGUGGUAGUGUUGGAGAUUUAAUAGGAGUUUCCAUGAGGAAAGAUGAAUUUGUCAGUGAUGGAAAUGAAAGUGAUAGAGGUGAUGAGAAAUUGCAAUCAAAACGAAAAACUCAAACUCACUUUUUACAGGCAAAAAUUGUUGAUUUAAAUCAGAAAAUUAAAGAACAGAAUGAGCAUUUUCAAAGUCAGCAUGAACAGCAACAACUUGUUCUUAGUAAGAAAGAGCAAGAAUGGAAAGAUACAUUUAUUAAACUUGAAAAGGAAAAAGGGGAUCUUAAAGCUCAACUACAAGAAGUACAAAAAAGAAUGGAAAAAAUAAUUGAAAGUCAGGAGAAUAAAGAUGAAUUAGAAAGUUUUCAAAGUCAGGAAAUGUCAAAAAUUAAACAUUUGCUUUUAAAAAGUCAGCAAGAACUAAGAGGUUGUGAAGAGACACUGAAGUCAAAAGAGGAAGAAUUGGAAAAUUCUAAUAAAAAAAUCUGUCAAUUGGAAAUUUCCAAUAAAUCUCUUGAGCAGCAAUUAGAAAAAGCAAAAGCUGACCUGGGUCAAAUAUAUAAUUUACAAGCAGAAAAGGGACAGUUAGAAGAUGAAGUAGAUCAUUUAAAACAGGAAUCUUUGAAGACAGCUAAUCGUACAACCCACUUGGAGAAGACUCUAAGUGAUUUGACAGAUGAAAAUGAUGCCCUCAAACACAUGCAUGAAGUCUACAAAAGCAAGACGAGUAGUAUAUUUGAAGAAAAAGAUAAUUAUAUAUCUCAUUUGGAGGAUCGUUUGGCUAUGCUACAACAACGACUUAAUGAUAGCACAUUAACUGGUGAUGAAAAGGAAAAAGCUCUUAUAAAUGAAAGGAUAAGUAUAGAAAAAAAACUGGAAGAAUCUAGGCAACAACUAAUUGAAAUCAAGACAACUUGGAGUGAGAAAAUUACUUCUUUAGAGAAUCAGAUUUAUAAUUUAAAUAAGAAAAUGGCAGAUGAUAGUCAGGAAUGUUCUCGUCUAGAAGAAGAAUUGGAAGAAACAAGAUUAUCACUCUCCAGGAAGGAAGAAGAACUAUGGAAAAUGGAAGAUACUGUUCAAAAACAAAACAGAGAUUUAACAAAAAUGGUAAAUAAUAAAUAUUCAUAUGAACAAAUAUUUCAGAUUAUAAUAAUUCAGAUAUGAUAGAUAAAUAGAUAA